GUGAGUGCGUGUAUGUGCGCGCGUGUGCGCUUGCGCGCGUGUGUGUGUGUGUGUGUGUGUGUGUGUGUGUGUGUGUGUGUGUGUGUGUGUGUGUGUGUGUGUGUGUGCGUGUUGUGUGUGCGCGCGGGUGACUGUGAAUACAGAUAUUUAGCCUCAGUAGCUGUCAGUAGUCAGUAGUCGGGACAGCGAGCCAUUUAAUCCUAUGACAGGGAGGGGAGCAACGUUCCCCCGUACCGACACACGGCGACCCAACACCCCCUCUCUCGUUGCAGCUCAACGAUCAAGUUACGCGGUCAGGGAAAUGUUGCAGUGACCAGAGAGAGAGGGGGUGAGAGAGAGAGAGAGAGAGAGAGAGAGAGAGAGAGAGAGAGAGAGAGAGAGAGAGAGAGAGAGAGAGAGAGAGAGAGAGAGAGAGAGAGAGAGAGAGAGAGAGAGAGAGAGAGAGAGAGAGAGAGAGAGAGGACUGCAGCAUCAUUUGAGACCAACAGCAGAAGUCCCGCGCGCACAGGCAGUGCAGUAGAACGUGCAGGUGAGCGAAAGACGUAGAGGAGGAGGCGCGUGGAGAGGAGAUAAUGCGGGACUCUUGGAAAAGACGCAUUUCACUUGGUUCAUUAGCUAAACAUCCCUACAAGCGCUCACGGGACUAAUCGUACGUGUGCCGGUGCCGAAGUCGUGUUUUUUUCCGCGGACCAUUCACUUUAGGGCGAUCGCUUUCCGCUGGCCCAUGAACGUCUUGUGAAAAGCACUCUUGUCUUGUAACUUACGUGCAGGAAUCCAAUGGCUUGGCACGUUGCUUCACUGCGGAAAAAGCAUAAAAUGCAGCGGAGCAAAUUCUAGCUGAAGGUAAGACAAUAUCGCUUCAUAUGGAAACAUCCGCUGGGCUUCGGAGGUUUAGCUCAUCGGAAUUGUCUCCCACUGAGGGGAUACGAUUUAUUCUCUGUGCCGUCCGGAGCCGAAGUGCCGACAGUAUUUCUUUGUGUAGUGCUGCAUUGCAGUUUUUAACUGUAGCCUCACUGAAAUGCCCAAAGUGUAACUGCAGUAAUAAGAUAUUACAAAUGGCUUCAUUCACUUUAAGGGUGACACCGGUAUUUCUGCUGCAAGACAAUUAUUGGACUCAAGUGGAUUUAUAAGCGGCGGAUGAUUUAUUUUUUCCUCUGUAUUUUUCCUUGAUAUCUUUCUUCCGUGUCAACUGUCAAGAGAUCGCACUUGUAAUACAUAUCAUUAUAAAGGCGAUUGUGGAUUUGCAAGAGAAACAUAAAGACUAAGCCAUUCUUCACUUGAGAAGUGAGGCUGCAUCGCGGACGGCGAAGCGCUGAUGAGGAGCUCCGGACCUCAGGUGAGAACACGUUAAACCUGAGUCCCCCGCUGUGUGUGUGAAGGUGACUUAACGGACCACAACAAGGGAGAAAUCCCUGGAAAAAGAGAGUGCAAGCAACGCCAUUGCAGGAAGCCAUAAGGAAGACGUGAACAAGAGUGGAGCACAUAGAAGCAGAGUGGGAGCGAUGCAGAGGCUUGGUGCAGUGCACUCAUGGGCUCUGAGCCUCGUGGCUCUGCUGCUGCAAGUGCUGACUCAGCUGCCGGCUGCAGACUCAGCUCUCCGGUACCGCGUCGCGGAGGAGGGCCCCCCUGACGUCAAGAUCGGCAACGUGGCCGCCGACUUGGGCCUCACGGCAGGCACGGGCAACGGCGACGUCACCUUUGCCCUGGAGAGUGGCUCUGAGUAUUUUAAGAUUGACAACGUGACAGGUGAGCUGACGACCAGCACGCGGCGGAUCGACCGGGAGAAGCUUCCACAAUGUCAGAUGAUAUUCGAUGAGAACGAGUGUUUCCUGGACUUUGAGGUCUCAGUAAUCGGACCCCUUCAGAGCUGGGUGGACCUGUUCGAAGGCCGUGUGGUCAUCACAGACAUCAAUGACAACACCCCUUCCUUUCCAUCACCUGUGCUCCAGCUCUCCGUGGAGGAGAACCGGCCCAUCGGAACCCUAUACCUGCUGCCCACCGCCACGGACCGCGACUUUGGCCGCAACGGAAUUGAUCGCUAUGAGCUCAUCCAAGAUGGUGGGCCUGGGUUAGUUGUGUCGAGGCGCACAGCAGUGGGGAGCCCUGUGACCAGAACAGAAGGGGCCCCUGGGGACAGGAGGACCAGGACUGGGGAGAACGGAGGAGGGGCCAGAAGCAGCGUGUUUGAGCUGCAGGUCGCCGACACACCUGAUGGGGAGAAGCAGCCGCAGCUCAUCGUGAAGGGCCCCUUGGACCGGGAGCAGCGAGACUCCUACGAGCUGAUCCUCCGGGUCCGAGACGGCGGCAGUCCUCCCCGCUCUUCACAAGCUCUGCUACGGGUCUCCAUCACCGACGUCAAUGACAACAGCCCACGGUUUGAGCGGGCCGUGUACGAGGCGGAGAUGGCGGAGAACGCCCCGCCGGGGACACCUGUCCUCCAGGUCAGGGCGUCGGACCGCGACGUGGGCGUCAACGGCCAGGUGGAGUACGUCUUUGGAGCGGCGACAGAGUCCGUCCGGCGCUUGCUGCGAUUGGACGAGGCCUCGGGGUGGCUGAGCGUCCUCCAUAGGAUCGACCGGGAAGACGUGGCCCAGUUGAGGUUUACGGUGACGGCCAGGGACCGGGGCCAGCCACCGCGCACUGACCGCACGACUGUCGUCCUGGCAGUGCGCGACGAAAACGACAACGUCCCUGUUGUGGAGAUCCGCAAGAUAGGACGCAUACCCGUGCGUGACGGUGCGGCCAUGGUGCCGGAAAAUGUCCUGGUGGACACGCCGGUGGCCCUUGUGCAGGUGUCCGAUCGGGACCAGGGGGAGAACGGGGCUGUGACGUGCACUGUGGUCGGAGAUGUCCCCUUCACGCUGAAACCAGCAGGAGAAACAGCACUACCCCCAUUACCUGCAGAUGAGGCCUUUGACAGGAACAAGAAGAAGUUCUUCCUGCACACCUCUGCCCUGCUGGACUAUGAAACCACCAAGGAGUACAGUGUCACCAUCGUGGCAGUGGACUCUGGCAGUCCCAGCCUGUCCAGUAACAGCUCCCUGAUGGUGCGUGUGGUGGACGUCAAUGACCACGCCCCAACCUUCGCCCAGAACGUUGUGGAGGUCCACUUCGGGGAGAACAACGCGCAGGGUGAACGGGUUGUGACGGUGGUCGCCACGGACGCAGACAGCGGGAAGAACGCAGAGGUGGUCUACUCCCUGGACCCCUCCGCUAACGGGGUGUUUUACAUAGACACCGAAAAUGGGGACAUCCGAGCGACAGGAGUCUUGGACCGAGAGCACCAGGAGAGGUACGAGUUCAGGGUCAUCGCCAAAGACAAGGGCACCCCCUCUCUGCAGGGCUCAGCCACCGUGGUGGUCCAGGUCACGGACCGCAACGACAACGCUCCCAAAUUCGUCCAGGAGAUUUUCACGUUCUACGUCAAGGAGAACCUCCUCGCCAACAGCCCUGUUGGGAUGGUAACCGUCACCGACGCCGACCAAGGCGAGAACGCCGAGCUCAGCCUCUUCGUGGAAAUGGACGGCAGCGAGGAGAAGAAGCCGGGAGGAGACGGAGACAAAGAACAGAACGAGCUGUUCUCCAUCGAGAACAACACAGGAACCAUCUUCUCCUCCUCGUCGUUUGACCGAGAGAGGGUGUCGGCGUACACCUUCCGUGUGCGGGCCGUGGAUGGAGGAGACCCUCGCAAGACGGCCACGGCCACUGUGUCGCUCUUUGUGACUGACGAGAACGACAACGCCCCUCUGAUCAUCUCCCCCACCAACGAGUCCUACACCCUGCUGCCACCCGCCAGCAGCGCCCGCACCAUCGUCAGGACGGUGGCCGCCACCGACUCGGACGCGGGCCCCAACGCAGACCUCCACUUCGCCCUGGUCGGGGGAAACCCCUUCCGUCUGUUUGAGAUCGGCCAUGCCAACGGAGUGAUCACCCUGGCGGAGCCUCUGGAGAGGAGACACCGAGGACUGCACCGCCUGGUGGUGCGUGUCAACGACAGCGGGCUGCCCUCGCUUUGUGCCACCGCCCUGGUCCACGUCUUCAUCAACGACAGCCUCACCAACGCCACUCUGGUGGACGCACAGGUGGCCCGCAGCCUCAUGGCCCCCCUGUCCCUGGACAUAGCGGGGGACCCUGACAGCGAGCGAGCCCUGGGGAAGCAGCGCCUCAGUGUGGCCAUCGGCGUGCUGGCGGGAGCGGCGGCCGUCAUCCUCGUCAUCCUCCUGGUGGUCACCGCCCGCCAGUGCGGCGCCCAGGGCAAGAACGGCUACGAGGCCGGGAAGAAGGAGCCGGAGGAGGACUUCUUCAGCCCUCAGGGGGCGCAGCCGCAGGUGGGCCGCGGCGGUGGGUCGGACCGCGGGAGGAAGCCGCGCAGAGACAAGCGUAGCGCAGGCCCGGCCCCGGUCGGCGGGAAGGACCGCUCCCUCUACAGCGGCAUCGUCACGGUGAACGGACUGCGUCGCCAUGCCAACGAGGAGGACGAGGAGGACCUGAGCAGCGCCAGCGAGCGGCUGGCCGCCCGCUACUGCGCCAUGGACAGCGACCCGGCGAGCCCCCGGAUGGGCGGGGGCCGGAUGCACCAGUCCAGCCCGGACCUGGCCCGCCACUACAAGUCCAGCUCCCCUCUGCCCGCCGUGCACCUGCAGCCCCACUCCCCGCCCGCAGAGGGCAAGAAGCACCAGGCGGUGCAGGAGCUGCCCCCGUCCAACACCUUCGUGGGCAGCGGGGGCUGUGCGGGCAGCGCCGGCUCCAGCAGCAGCAGCAGCGGCGGCAACGCGGACGCCAUGUCGCUGGGCUCGGACCAGUGCUCCGAGUACGGCUGCCAGACCGGGAACAAGUACAGCAAACAGGUAGCGAGCCCGGAGAACAGCAGUGUGGUGUCCUUUCGCUAGUAGUGCAAAGUUCUCCCGUCUUGCUUUGUUGUUUUAUUAUUCGUCAUCUCAUCAUUAUUUAACAAGUCUGAAUAUUAUAUGCAUCUUUCUCUCUCUCUCUUUCUCUCUCUCUAUCGCUCUCUCUAUUUCUCUUUCUCUCUCGCACGCGCGCUGUCUGUUAUCCUUAUCCUCCUAUCCAUAUAUCUGCUGAGAUAAUGGACAUACCAUUGUUGAGGUCUAAACAGCACUUCAUCACUCCAGAACUUCACCAAAAGGUUGUUUGUGUGUGUGAUUAUGUGUGUAUGUCAGAACCUGUCAGUGGUGUGUCAGGCCAGAAGUUGGUAUUGAGCAGACAAAGUACAAAAACAUACACACACACAUAUGAACAUAUGCACACACACGCACACACACACACACACACACACACACACACACACACACACACACACACGCACACACACACACACACACACACACACACACACACACACACACACACACACACACACACACACACACACGCACACACACACACACACACACACACACAACAGAAACACAGAACACAGACACAGAAACAAACACACACACAUACACACGUUUCCCUAUGACAUUGGGGGUAUGGGAGUCUGCACUUCCAUUGGUGAUGUCUGAGUGACAGCUAAGCCGUGUUAAAGGGGCUGCGUCCUGCUGGUUGGACAGAAAGCUUUGCAUUAUCGUUGCCGCACUGGAAAAGUGCUGAUGUGGCCAUUAAAGGGGAAGGAAAGGGGCUUCUUAAGCUAAUCAAUUCAUAGAUAGGCUCCCUAUUCCUGCUCUCUCUCUCUCUCUCUCUCUCUCUCUCUCUCUCUCUCUCUCUCUCUCUCUCUCUCUCUCUCUCUCUCUCUCUCUCUCUCGCGCUCUCUCUCUCCCUCACGCACGCAGACACACACACACACACACACACACACACACACACACACACACACACACACACACACACACACACACACACACACACACACACACACACACACACACACUCCAGAGGUUAAUCCAUUACAGAGCCAAUCCUCUUAAUCUUUCCCAGGGAAAGAAAAUGCUUACUGGCAAUUCUGUGUUCAUGCGCACAGGGCAAAGGUUCAGAAGCACGCAGGCGGAGCGUGCACGCAUAUACACGCAUGCACAGACGCACACAUUCGUUCAAUAACUGCCAGCCUAAUUUAUUAUUGAUCACACGGGGUAAUUAACUGCGGAGGAGCUACAGAGUGUGAACCUGACUUCGUAAUAUCCUCCAAGCCAACGGUUCAUCCUUACCUCAGUUUGUUUGUGUGUGUGUCUGUGUGUGUGUGUGUGUGUGUGUGUGUGUGUGUGUGUGGGUGUGUGUUUGUGUAUGUGUUGAGAACAAGUGUGUGUGACGAUUUAAGUGUGUAACUGUCUUGGUUGUUUGUGUGUUUCAUAUUUUUUUGCUCCACAUGUCAGGAUUUGUUCCCUCCCUCGGUGUGAAGGAUGUGAGUGGGCCUGUGAGUUGGUGGGUUCCUCUCAGUGUGCUUCAGGGACUGCCUCAGUUUUCAUGUGUUCAACUUUUAGUUUUUAAAUGUGUUUUGUAUGACAGUGCCGGUGAUAUGCUCAGGGCCCCACGGUAGCAUGCUGGGAAACAAACUAGAUUUACACCCUGCAUAGAGAUCCUGUAGUGACACGAUAGGGAGGAGGUUGGGAGGGGGGAGAGUGUUGAAACGAAUAAGUGUGUGUGUGCGUGCGUGCGUGCGUGCGUGCGUGCGUGCGUGCGUGCGUGCGUGCGUGCGUGCGUGCGUGCGUGCGUGCGUGCGUGCGUGCGUGCGUGCGUGCGUGUGUGCGUGUGUGUGUGUGUGUGUGUUUGUAUGUGUGUGUGUCCUGCGAACACUGAACUUUGAAUCAAAGCUAGUCGAUCAGGCCAGUACAAUCUUCAAUUCCCCAUACGAGGCUCCAACAACAGGAACACGAGACCCCUUCCCCCCUACUCACACAUCACCAAAAAAGUGUUUUUGAACAACAGGUGGUCCUGUUUAAUGAGGUGUUUUCAUCCUGAGAUUGCUCAAUCAGAACCGGGGCGAAAAUAUAAGUGAAUGGUUGGAGUGGCUGUGAUGAAAUGGAUCUGAACAUUGUUCAGAUUAAAAUGGUUGUAGUCGUAAAGCAGAGGAACGACAAAGCACUGAGCACUUUGACGAGUGUAGCUAAUAAGGGUGUUCUCUAACCCAGAUUUGUGAACAGAUCGGAGCAAGAGAUGGAAGUACUGAAGAUAAUAAUGAAUGUUUAGUGUGUAUUUAAACUGCAUAGUUUGAUGCUGGAUAAAUAUUCAUAAAUAUUCAAAAGUUCAUUCUGUAGAAGAAAUGCCCAGCUCUUAUCUGACAUACACACAUACUUACAGCUCUACAGAUUGAAGGACUUCAAUGCAUAUUGGUUUUUAUUGUGAGAAUAAGGAUAGAGAUAAACUACGAGGUAGAAAAUAAAAGAGGGGGAGACAAAGAAGGCGGGGAAGAGAAGGAGAAUGGAGACAGAGACACUGGACAAUGGAGAGAGAGAGAGAGAGAGAGAGAGAGAGAGUGAGAGACACACUGGACAAUAGAGAGAGAGAGAGAGAGACAUGUGGGUCAGCCGGAUGCCCACUGGCACUGGA